ACCAGGCUAGUAUCCAACUAUAAAUUGGGAGGACAGCGGAGCGCAACACACGUCAAGCAUUCCCCUCUACAUACAGAGGACUGUGGUCAAGUUCCGCAUCGGGAGCGUUUUCGUAGGGUUUCUUGCCCUAACUCGGACAGAGAAAAUGGUGCAAACGAGAACUAUGACGAUUCGUGCUGAAUCGUCAGCUGCAGAGAAAGAUAAGAAUGAUAUCAAAGAUCAAGAACAAGAGCGCAAGCCUCGGUCACUGAAAAAGAAAAGAGGGCGCAAGCCUAAGACCGAGGUUAAUGAGGCAGAGAAGAGGGAGCUAUUGAAGGAAAUGUUAAGGGAAAGGCUUGCAGAUUGUAGUUGGAUUGACUGCCUGAUGGAUCGUUGCAGGGCGCUCAUAAAUGAGAAAGGGAUCCACGAUCUCACCUUGGACAUACUCGUGGAUGAGAUUACACCGCUAGGCAUAGCUUCUGUUCCUGGUUCGGUGAAGGAGGAGCUGUCGCAGAAAAUCGAAGCUUUUAUUGCAUCAAAGCCUAGUGGUGGAUCCACCUGAAAUCGUAUCUGCUUCCCCUAAACUCUUCAAAGCCUAAUAAUAUGUUUUUUUUCCCCCUAAUAAGGUUGUUUGAAACACUUUCAGGUGGACUUGCCAUUGAUACUGAGGAUCUGGAAUUACAUCUAAUAAUGUUUAAACCUA